AUUAUUUGCAUCAACGAUUCCAACGAGUUGUUGUAGACGGUGCAGUCUCCGACUGGGUACAUGUUACUUCGGGCGUUCCGCAAGGAAGUAUUUUGGGUCCUAUGCUAUUUGUAAUAUUCAUAAACGAUUUACCAGACGUUGUGCCAGAUUGUAUCUCUACAGGACUUUACGCAGAUGACACCAAACUCUACAGGAACGUAUCAACUAUCGGUGACUGUAAGAAAUUACAAGACGCUUUAACAGAACUUAGUUCUUGGAGUUAUCAAAAUAACAUGAACUUUAAUGCAUCAAAGUGCAAAGUUCUGUCCAUAACACGCAAGGUCAAUCCAUUGCAUUUUCAGUACCAUAUGGAUUCUAUCAAGUUACUUCGAGUAAACGAAGAAAAAGAUCUCGGGGUGAUCAUUACCGAGAAUUUGUCAUGGGAAUCACAUCUUACCUGCAUUUGUGCGAAAGCUAACAAAUUACUCGGUCUAUUAAAGCGAUCAUGUAUUUCAAUUAUUGACAGUAGUGUUCGAAAGACUCUCUAUUUGACGUUGGUUAGGUCCAAGUUAAGUUAUGCGACUGAGGUUUGGUCUCCAGCAAGUUCCUUAUUGAAACAAAAGGCUGAGAAGAUUCAGAGACGUGCUACGAGAUGGAUCCUGCGCGUCAAAGCCGGUGAACUAUCCUACAAAGAGAGACUUCAGCAACUGGAUAUGCUCCCUCUUGCGUACGAUCGCGAG